UAUAAAUAUAAAUAUGCAAUCAAAGGCAAAAUAUGAUGAAUUCGAAAUUCUAUAAUGUUUUGGAUGCCCAGAGGUACAAAAAUCAUAAAUAAGAAUAGUAUAAAGUUAAAAUUGGAAAAAAUGAACAAGGCCAACACGUUUUACUCAAUUUUUUUGAUAUUUCUUUUAGAGAUUAACUUUAAGAGUUAUAAAAUAUUAGAAAUUUGGAGCAUCCAUCUAUUCUUAAAAUUCUACAAAUAAGAAACUAAGGAAAUUAUACAGUAUUAUUUUAAAAAGAUAAAAGAAAAAAAAUAAAAGAACAUUAAUUAGAUCAUGUGUUAUAUAUGAAUAUCCAAAAGGAGGAGAAUUAUAUGAAUACUUAUUUUAGACUGGAAACUUUAAUGAAACUUAAGCUCGAUGUUAUUUUAAAUAAAUUGUUGAGGGUAUUCUUAAUUUAUUAUUUAAAGGGUUAAUAUAAGUUCAUAAGUUCGGAUUAUUU